AUGGAUGCAUGUUGCAAUACAGCUUCCAACCUGUAUCAUUGUUCGUUUGACAACGCAGAGAUUAACAUUGAUACUAUCGUCGUCGCUGUAGCCGAAUUGAACGAGAGGAUCUUGCAAUUACGAAAAGAAAUCGUUGCAUUUAAAAACGAAAAUGAACUUUAUUUAACCGUGACACGUAACUUUUCGAGUCCGACACCAUCGGAAUUAAAUGAUUCAACGAAAAACGUGGGGAAACGAACGGAUGCAAAGUACGAGCUGCAAAGAAAUUGUAAAGGAGACGAUUCGCCAAACGGCACUGAUUUAUCCGCUCGUUUAUCAUUCACGAAACGUGCACUGGAAGUAAAAGCGACGAACGAGGCGGUCAUAUUUAAAAAGAAUUAUCCGCGUGACCAUAAAUCAAUCGAAGAUGAUGAACGGCCAAAUAGAUCGCGCGUGUCUGAAGCAUCGGGGAUGUAUCGAAGGUCCAUUUCGGAUGUUGAAAAAUUCGAAAAAGAAAUCAGCGACAGGUCUGGAAAUGUAAGAGAUAUCGUAGAUGUAAGAAUUUCAUGUAUUGCCGAUGAAAAAUUGAAAAGUCCCAACAAAUAUCAAAAUGAAGUCGUUAAUAAUAUGUACUGCGACUAUGAUCCUCCGAAUGUUACUAUGCCAAAAAUUAAAAGGAAGAGGAUCUCCAGAGGCGUACAAUAUUCCUUGAUCGGAUGUCAAAACCACGCCAAGCGAUUUCUUCUGGACUGUUUCGGAUCGAAAUUGAGUGCGAAGAAAUAUAAUUCGAUGCAAAAAAUGGAGAGGAAAGAAGCUUUAACGGAUAAAAAGAAAUUUUAUAUCGGAUCACGAAACAAAAUGAACGAAUCGUUAGAUGCGACAACAAUUUGCAACGAAUCUUAUAACGUAAAAUUGAAUAAUACAGAUAUGAAAGAAGAAAAAUUUGAAAAUGAUACGAAAAAAAUAGGAAAAAUUAUUAAUGGAUGUGGAAUGAAUCAUACAAAAUUAUUCGUACGAUUAAAAAAUAAAAAUGACAAUGAAAAAUGCAAAAAAGAUAACAACUUGAAGAAUCGUAAAAUGAAAAUAAAUCCUUUCGAAAAAUUGUGGUCGAGUAAAGCUUUAACGCGUAAUGAUAAUCUAAAAGCGCAGCAAAAUAGAUUGCUAUACUAUGAUUUCAAUAUCGCUGAUAAUUCUGAAGAUAAUAAAAAAGGGACUACUAAAUCCAAUUUCGAAAAUAAUCGAAAGAAUGGCGCUCGUAAACGCGAGCAUGAUUCGCAAGAUGAACAGAGUGUAAAUAUUUUUGAUCAUAAGAUAGAUUCGAAUAAUGCACAGAAUGUAAGCGCAAUUACAAAUUCUGAUAGAGAAAGCAUGACGAAUAAAAUGAAAGAGAGAUUAGAUUCGUGCAUCGUCGAAUUAAAUGGAAUUAUCGGUGAUGCCUGUGUAGUAUUUGGUAGUGGAAAAAGCUCAGCGAGAAGAACAGCUGAUCGGGUGUUUACACAUAUACUUUAGUAUGAGCUGCAAAGAAUUU